UUUUAUAAAGGCGAAAAAAACGGAGCUCUUUACUUAAACCUAAACAGUACCAGGCAAAUGCAGAAAUAAGAAUUGCGUGUGAGAGAGACGAUGGAAUAACAAAGCGUGAGUAAAAGCCCUAAGUAGCAAGUCCCCACUUUCCGUUUACUCUGCUCCGCUUUCCAUCCCGUUGAUCAAAUCUAGAGUGAAUGAUUUCAUAAAGAUGAUCUUUAUCUGUUAGUUAAAGACGUCGUGUGUCUAUGAUGAAGAUGGAAUUGCUUCCUUCGAACAAUUCAUACUGUGAUGAUGAUAACAAAAACUUGGAGCUGUUACUUGAUGCUUUCAGUUCAGUAGUGUCUCUUGAGGAUAUAGCAUCAGCUUAUUGUCUGGCAGGUCGCGAUGUAUAUGCAGCUGGUGAAUUGCUUAGUCAUCAUAAGGGAAGCAUCUCAGGUCCUUCAGGAUCCAAAGGGAAUCCUGAUGGAGCAAGUUCUUCAAAUUUGCCAACAGAUAAUUUUCUCGAGAAGUCUUGUGUGGAAAGAAAUUCUAUUCCACCAAAGCAAAGGAAUCGUCCCAUUUCAAUGGGAACUGUUUCAGGUGUCAUUGGAAGGGAAUACUCCAAGACAAAGCCUUCAUCUUAUGUGCCAGUGGCAGUGGAAAAACCACUGAAAUUGAACUUACCACCCUCCGAGGUAUAUGUUGAGUCCUCUCCAGACUAUGUAGCAAAUAAUGAAACAAUGAAAAAUGAUGUUGAAGAAUUCCUGUUUAAAAUGCUUGGGGAUGGAUUCAAAUUGGACAUGGGUGUUAUCCGUGAAGUCCUAGGUCUUUGUGGUUAUGAUGUCAACAAGAGCAUGGAAAAACUUUUAGAUAUGUCUGCAUCAAGAUUUAAUGAGAAUGAUGACGAUUCAUGCAUGCUUCCUCCAAAUAAAUCUCUUGAAGCAGAAGGUUCUCACUCCAACAAAGUAAUGAAGCCUGUCAGAGGUUCUGCAAGGAGUACCGAGACGGGUAUGUUCACAGGAGUUGAAACAAAUUCACCUAAAAAAGAUAAAGACACACUCCAGAAAGAUAUUAUGAACUCCUUGUUUAAUGUUGCUGGAAGAAUUGAAGAUCCACCAAGAAGAAUAAUUCGCCCAGUGACAGGAAUGAGGAGAGGAAGACAUGGUAGGCCGGUUCUCGAGCCUCCAGAAGACAUAAUUGUGGAACCUAGGAUUCGUGCAAAACCAAAAGUGGUCAAGGAGGAACCGCAUGGAAGCUAUGAUGCCUUACGACUAGCUCACAAGGAGUAUUUUACUACAAUGAGAGAGUAUUACAAAGCAGCUACUGAUGCAUAUGUUAAGGGGGAUUAUGAGCUGUCAGAAAAAUUGAUGGAACAGGGAAAUUUUUUUAAAAUGAAAACCCAGGAAGCUGAUGACAAGUCUACAGAGAAACUUCUCGAAACCAGUAAUGAGAAUGAAGAAGUGUUUCUUGAUCUGCAUGAUUAUGAGCCAAAGGAAGCUCGACGUUCUCUGAAGUCUCAUUUAACUUCUCUCUCUGGCAUCGAGGCUAUUCCGCAUCUCAAGGUCUUUGUUGGUAGCAAUGAAAAUGAUGCUAAAAGAGAGGCUCGCAAAAAAGUGAUCAUAGAACUGCUGGAGAAGGAAUCAAUAGGAUGGACAGAAGAAGAUAGUGGGCAGAUAAUUGCUAUUAGAGUGGACAAGAUCGAUCCAAAACGCCUGAGCUUUGCUAAGUGAACAAAGGCUUGUUGAUCGACACAAGUGGGGGAUUCAGAACUUUACUGGUAGGCAUUAAGCACCAGUUAUUUUUUGGGGAAUACAUUUUGGACACAAAUUUUUGGAUGCAAUUCUAUUGUUUCCGAUUAUAUUCAGACAGUAGAAAAAAACACAAUUCGAAUUUGUUCUUCUCUAAUAGAAGUGGUGACUGGUGACAUUCCUGUGAAGUGGUAAUUUUCUAUAUAUUUCUUUUCAUAUACAUGUUGGAAAGGAAUAUAACAAUUUGUAUUGCAUGCAGUACAAUUAUAUGGAGAAUUACUGAGGGCCAUCCUUUUUUGAC